AUGUCGAAAUCUACCGGCCUCGAGGGGGCUUCAUCCACACUUGAUUCUACUGCAAGCGACGACGAAUCUGUCCAAAACUAUCCACCUCCUUACAUAGUGGAGCCUACAUCUCCCCAUACCCAUACCGCUAUUCUGCUGCACGGGCUGGGAUCCAACGGGCGUGCAUUCGGGUCUUUCUUCCUCACAGCGUCUGUUCUUUCAAAUGACAAGGACUCCCCUUAUUCACGACCUCUCAACGUUCUCUACCCGUCCAUGAAAUGGGUCUUCCCUGGUGCAUCUUUGAGACGUAGCAAGCGAUUCAAAGGCAUCAAGCUGUUUUCUUGGUUCGAGAUAUUCUCGAUUCAGGACCCUAGCUACAGAGAAGAAACGCAGACUGAAGGCUUGAUUCAUAGUAGUCAAUACCUAAGAGAUCUGAUCUUUGAAGAAGUGAAAAUGCUGAAGGGUGCAGUGGGUGGAGAAGAAAGGGUGGAGAAGAGGAUUGUAUUGGGAGGGCUGAGUCAAGGUUGCGCCAUGAGCCUGACUACACUCUUGAGCCUCGAUUUCAGUCUGGGGGGCUGGGUUGGUAUGAGUGGGUUCAUGCCGAUGAGAGGGAUUUUCGAAGACGCGCUUAACGCUGACGCUCAAGACGGUGACAAGAGAACUGUCCUUCAACGUGAUACUGAGCAGGACGAAUCCGAUGUUGAAGCAUUGAUAGACACCCAAAGCAUUGAUCCUACGGUUCAAGCGUUGAAUACCUUUCGACAAAAUGUCCUGUCGCUACCCCCCCCAGAUUCGAGGAGUCCUGCCAAUGUGUUAGAGACACCUGCGUUUUACGGUCAUGGAAAUGAGGACGAGAGAGUGGCUUGCAGGCUCGGCGAUGAGCUUGUAAGGACACUAGAAGGAAUGCAUAUGAGUGUCAAGCAUCAAGUUUAUCAGGGGUUAGGACAUUGGAUUCAGGCUCCAGAAGAGAUAGAUGACAUGAUUUCAGUCUUCUCACAAUAUGGUGCCUGGCCAGAUCAUGUAGAUGAACACAUUGCAUCAUAG